CCACUACUGAAGAGUAGGAUUUGACAAACGACUUGCAGUGUGUCUCCCUGUCUCUCCGCGGCUUCCGUAACUUCAGUUUGAAUGUUCGACGCGGUUCAUCUGCAGACGUUUGUUGUCACCGAGGAAGGAGGAAAAAGCAGAAUGGCCUCCACUCUAUCAUGCACCGAUGAGGGCGCAUUCAAGACCCCCAAAAACGUUCGAGUGAAGAGCUUUGUGAGCUGCGGAGAAUCUCCCAUCACCAUACCAGCUUCACCCUUCAUGAAGAAGCUCGGCUGUGGGACUGGAGUCAAUGUUUACCUCAUGGACAGAGUGGGGAAGCUGAACGCGUCUCCCUGGGCUGUGAAGAAGAUCAACAGCAAAUGUGCAACCAAGCAGGCGGUGGUUUACCAGAAGCGUCUGAAUGAGGAGGCGAAGGUCCUGAAGGGAAUCAAUCAUCCCAACAUAGUUGGUUUCCGUGCGUUUACCACGGCCAGAGACGGCUCCAAAUGUCUGGCGAUGGAAUACGGUGGCGAGCAGUCGCUCAACGACCUCAUCGAGAAGAGGAGGGAGGACGGACUCAAAGCUUUUCCUGCGGCCAACAUAGAAAAGGUGGCGCUGCAUGUGGCUCGUGGCCUGCAGUAUCUUCACAACGAGAAGAAGCUGCUGCACGGCGACAUGAAGUCCUGCAACGUGGUCAUUAAAGGUGACUUUGAAACGGUCAAGAUCUGUGAUGUGGGCGUUUCUCUGCAGCUGGAUGAGAACAUGAGAGUGUCCAACCCAAACAUGGAAUACAUCGGCACAGAGCCGUGGAAACCUAAAGAGGCUCUGGAGGAAGACGGCGAGAUCAGCGACAAGUCUGACAUCUUCGCCUACGGUCUGACUCUGUGGGAGAUGAUGACACUGGCGAUGCCUCAUCUGGACAUGCUGGAUGGUGACGUGUCCGACGAUUCGAUAGAGGAGAGUUUUGACGAGGAUGCGUACUAUGAGCGGCUGGGGACGCGGCCGGCACUGGACGUGGAGUCUCUGGGUGCCUCGUACCGGAGGAUGGUGGAGCUUUUCUACCUCUGUACAGAGGAAGAGCCCAAGAAGAGGCCUUCAGCCACACAGAUCGUCCAGGCCUUGGAGAAAAUCCCCUGCGAGGUGAUCACGAUCAACUGAUCUACACAGACAACGCUGCUGCAGAUUUGGAUUAUCCACCAGGGUCUAAGUGCAGUUGAUGCUCCACGUAACCUAUAUUUGUUUGUAUGUUGUGUUUUAUCUAUUGUAACUCUGUCAAGUUGAUUACUGUUAUUUCCCCCUUUAUAAAAUCAUGGUUCAAUAUUAAAGCUUUCACUUUUGUCACUAAAUUGAAGGGAACAAAUCUUUUUGUUGUUAUUUACUUAUAACAUAUACUAAUAUCCGCACCCCUUCAACUUUUUGACAUUUGCUGGGACCACAAACAUUAAUAUAUUUAAUUGAAAUUUCAUGUGAAAGACACACACUAAGGAACACACAAUCAUGAAGUGAAAUGAAAUUGAUGCAUGAUUUUGAACCUUUUUUUAUGAAUAAAAAACUGAAAUGU